AUAUAAUUUAUGCAUUUAUACAUAACAUUCAUGACCAAAUGGUUUAAAAUAUAAAAUUCAUAACUUCUGUUUCACAGAAGUUAUCUUUCACCUCUUUGUUGUUACUUCUAGGCAAGGAAUCCUAGCACAUGGAAGGCCAGAACAAAAGUAUAGGAUUUGUCAUUUUAGGAUUUUCUGGCAAUGUAGAGAUGCAAGGUAUGCUUUUCAUUUUAUUUUUCAUUAUGUAUACUAUGUCCCUGCUGGGGAAUGCCCUAAUAUUUAUCACUAUCAGACUUGAUUCUUCUCUUCACACACCAAUGUGCUAUUUCAUUGCCAGUCUCUCUUUAGUGGAUAUCUGCUACACAUCUGUCACGACCCCAAAGAUGUUGGCAAAUUUUCUUUCAAAAGACAAGACCAUCUCUUUCAUUGGUUGUGCUGCCCAACUGUAUUUCCUUCUCUUCCUGGGAACCACAGAAUGCUUUCUUCUAGCUGCCAUGGCAUAUGACCGCUUCUUGGCCAUCUGCAACCCUCUGCGCUAUUCGUCCAUCAUGAGUAAGCAGCUAUGCACCUGGCUAGUGGCUGGAUCAUGGGCCAGUGGGAUGACACUUUCAUUGGGACAGACAAGCUUCAUAUUUACUCUGCCUUUCUGUGAGGACAACCACAUAAACUAUUUUUUCUGUGACAUUCCCCCACUACUGAGGCUCGCUUGUGGAGAUACAACUAUCAAUAAAAUCACUGUUUUCAUGGCGGGACUAUUAAUUACUCUGUUUCCAUUUUUGCUGAUUCUAGGUUCCUAUGUACACAUAAUCACCACGAUCCUGAAAAUCACAACUUCAAAGGGUAGGCAGAAGGCUUUCUCCACCUGUUCCUCACACCUCAUUGUCAUCAUUUUGUUUUAUGGGUCUGCAAGUACGAUGUACCUGAGACCCCCAUCUAGCUACAGUCUUGAAACUGAUAAAUUUUUAGCUCUGCUUUAUUCUACCAUCACCCCAACACUCAAUCCCAUUAUUUACAGUUUGAGAAGUAAGGAGAUAAAUGACGCUCUGAGAAGAAGGAUGACUUCCAAAAUCUUUAAUUUCAAUAUCUGAUUAAAUAAAGAUUCUUCAAAGUAGACAUUUCUUUUAUGUGAUUAAUGUGUUAUUAAUGUGGGAAAGACAGUAUGGUGACAUUUUUUGAAUUAAUCCUGAAAAGCUAAUUUUGCUUGGUAGCCAAAGGCAGUUAACAUGACCAUGGCACAAAACUAUAGACAGAUUAUAAAAAGGUGAAAUAAAAUAUUUAAUCAGUACAAGUUCAUUUUUCAUUACUCUGUGGCU